AUGUCCAAGACCGAGUCAACCAGUCCAUCCGGAAACGGUAAGUCUCCAACUGCGCGCAGGCACGCAGUUUCAGAGCAGGGCGGCGUUGUGGGUGUGGCCUCCGUCGCGAUAUCGUCACUCAUGCCCGGACGUCUCAGGGAUAUUCGAGAUGGUGUAGGCGACAUGUCGUAUAAGCCGUCCCACUGCGACAAGCACGAGACGAUGAGGGGAUACUGCCCGGAUUGCGAGGGUCCAAACGUAGAGCAAGGACGGGCCUACUGUGCAGCGAGAGACUUCAGGAAGGUUAGGAAAGUGAUUCGCGCGAUCGGCGAAGCCCGCGACAAAGAGAGACGGGCACGUGUGCUGAGAGCCAACAUUCGAGACAAGGCCGUUAACGCUAUGCAGGGAAUAAACGGCUGCGAGGAGAAAGGCCGCAGUGUUCGCUUCGACGACAAGCAAGUGCAUCGCCUAGAGGCGGAGUAUCGGCCCUCUCCGUUAUACAGCCGCAGCGACCUGUAUUACGCGCCCGGUAGGUAUGCUGACCACAGCGGGAAUGGCAUCGAAGAUACCAGCUUCAUGCGCGACCCCACUUAUGGCGUUGGCGACAAAGAUGCGGGGGAGGAUCGUCCUGUGUCCAAAGAAGAGAAAAACCUGAUGAAGGUGGAAAAUUACUUUUCCAAACUCGAUAGCCAUAUGGUGGCUCUGAGGAACUUUGAGACUUCUCAAGAAGCAGCGCCCGGCGCGACGGAGGAUAUGAAGAUGUCCGAUUGGGAGGAUCUGGAUGAAGAUGAACUUAAAGCGCACCUGCACGAAUUGCAUGGGAACAGUGAGGACGACUUUCCUGGGGAGGAGGAGUUGGUUGGAGAAGAACUCGAAGCGUACCUGCGCGAUAUGUAUGCGAACGAUUCUGACGACUUUCCUGAGGACGAGUCGUCCAAAGAAGACUUCUCCGAAUACGAGAUCCUUUGA